AUGAUUUUGGAAAGUCUGGUGCUCCUUCCCUCUUCUCUCAUCUGGAUCACCUCCAGACCAGCAGCAGCCAAUCAGAUCCCCUCCAAAUACAUCCACCGUCGGACAGAAAUUCAGGGAUUCACUGAGCCUCAGAAGGAGGAAUAUUUCAGGAAGAGAAUCAGUGAUGAGCAUCAAGCCAGCAGAAUCAUCUCACACAUAAGAAGAGCAAGAUAUCUUCACAUCAUGUGCCACAUCCCCGUCUUCUGCUGGAUCUCAUCCACUGUGCUUCAGAAGCUUCUGGAAGAAGAUCUGAGAGCAGAAAUCCCUCAAACACUGACUGAAAUCUACAUCCAUUUCCUGCUGAUUCAGAUCAACAUGAGGAAGCAGAAGUAUGAAGAGAGAGAUCCAGAGAAACAACUGCAGUCCAACAGAGAAGUGAUUGUGAAACUUGCUGAAGUGGCUUUCAAACAGCUGAUGAAGGGCAAUGUGAUGUUCUAUGAGGAGGACCUGAUUGAGAGCAGCAUAGACGUUACUGAUGCAUCAGUGUAUUCUGGGAUUUGCACUGAGAUCUUUAAGGAGGAAUCUGUGAUUCAUCAGAGGAAAGUCUACAGCUUCAUUCAUCUGAGCGUUCAGGAGUUUCUUGCUGCUUUCUAUGUGUUUUACUACCAUGUAAAUGAAAUUGUGAAGGGACUGAAGAAUUUUGUUUCUGUAAGAAAUGUGCUUAAAAUAACAGUGGAUGAAGCCCUUGAGAGUGAGAAUGGCCAUUUGGAUCUGUUCCUGCGGUUCCUGCUGGGCGUCUCACUGGAGUACAAUCAGAGACUCUUACAGGAUCUACUGACACACACAGAGAACAGCUCAGAGAGUAUCAGGAGAACCACACAGUACAUUAAAGAGAAGAUCAAAGAUGGACAUGGACUCUCCACUGAAAGAUCCAUCAAUCUGUUCCUCUGUCUGCUGGAAGUGAAAGAUCAGACUCUGUCCACAGAGAUUCAGGAGUUUGUGAAUUCAGACAAACACUCAGAGAAGAAACUCUCUCCUGCUCACUGCUCAACCAUCGCCUACAUGCUUCAGGUGUUAGAGGAGCCACUGGAUGAGCUCGACCUCAAGAAAUACAACACAUCAGAUGAGGGGAGAAGAAGACUCAUACCAGCUGUGAUCAACUGCAGAAAAGCCCUAUUUGCUGGUUGUAAUCUAACUGGUCAGUCCUGUGAAAUUGUGUCAUCAGUUCUCCAAUCUUCAAACUCUGUCCUGAGAGAACUGGAUCUAAGUAACAAUGACCUGCAGGAUUCAGGAGUGAAGCUGCUCUCCAAUGGACUGAAGAGACUAAACUGUCAGCUGGAGAUACUGAGGUUGUCUGGCUGUAUGGUGACAGAGGAAGGCUGUGGUUAUUUGUCUUCAGCUCUGAGUUCAAACCCCUCACAUCUGAGAGAGCUGGAUCUGAGCUACAAUCACCCAGGACCAUCAGGAGUCCAGCUGCUCAAACACAAACUGGAGAAUCCAAAUUAUAAGCUGGAGACACUCAAUGUGGAUCAUGCAGAAAAUUAUAGAAUCACACAAGGACUGAGAAAAUAUGCCUGUGAUCUCACACUGGAUCCAAACACAGCACACACUCAACUCAUCCUCUCUGAGGGAUACAGGAAGGUAACUUAUGUCAAAGAGAAUCAGCUGUAUCCUGAUCAUCCAGAGAGAUUUGAUCAUCAGGAGCAGGUUCUAUGUAAAGAACGUUUGACUGGACGCUGUUACUGGGAGGUUGAGUGGAGCGGCUGGGUCCAUGUAGCAGUGGCAUAUAAAAGGAUCAAAGAAAAAAGUGGAACUGACUUUUGGUUUGGAUUCAAUGAUAAAUCCUGGAGUCUGUACUGCACUGAAAAGAGAUACACUGCCUGGCACGAGAAGAAGAAAACUGACAUACUGAGCUGUUCAUCCUCUAAUAGAGUAGGAGUGUAUGUGGAUGUGUCGGCUGGCACUCUGUCUUACUUCAGUGUCUCUGACACACAGACACUUACACACAUACACACAUUCAACACCACAUUCACUGAACCCCUAUAUGCUGGGUUCAGAGUUUAUGAGUCCUCACUGUCUUUGUGUCAGAAUAAAUGAUCUUGUGGUGAGAUCACACCCCUUUAUGGAUACAUUAGCAAUUGAAUUGCCAUCGGUUAAUAAUUGUUUAUAGCUUUCUUGUCAGGCUUAAAUACUAUCAUUUAUUUAUUUAUUUAUGCAGUGCCUUGUGAAAGUAUUUAUACCCCUUAAUUUUUUCACUUUUUUAUGUUGCUGCCUUAUGUUAAGCUGCUUUUAACUACUUUUUCCCCACAUCACACAUAAUGCUAAAGCUAAAAACAUUUUUCAACAUCUUUGCAUUCCAUUGCAUAAGUAUGCACACCCUUAUCUGGGACAGUUGAAAUUUAGCUCAGGAGCAUUCAUAUUGCUUAUAGACGUUACUACACUUCAAGUGAAGUUAACUUCAUGUUGCUUAUAGAUGUUACUACACUUCAAGUGAAGUUAACUUGUGGCAAAUACAAUUGAAUGGUUAUGAUUUGGAAAGACACACAUACCUUAAUAAAAGGUCUAAUAGCUGAUAAUGCAUAUUAGAGCAAACAUCAAGCACUGAGGUCAAAAUGACUGCUUGUGGAGCUCAGAAACAGGUUUGUGUCAAGUCACACAUCGUAUAUAUACAAAUUGGAUAUCAUGAUUAUCUCACAAUUCUGAAGAAAAAAGAUUUGAAAACUAAACAAAAUAAUUUACUAGUUGUUUUGAAACAUUUUCACUGCUUAAGUCUUUAAAAAAUAUAUUAAUUUGAACAAAAUUUAAAAAGGAAGAGUAUAAACGUGACAAUACAUACACGUGUUAAGAUACUUUAGUUUCGAAGGCUACUAUAGGGAAUAAGUGUUUAUACCCAUGCUAUGAACUUUUAUCCCAGUACUUAUGUUAAUUAAAUGUCUGUAACACAGAAAUUAUGUGUGGCUGAAAAUGCUUUUUGUGUUGCUCUUUCUGGAUCAGCUGCAGCAUUAAUGAUUCAUUAACAUGGCAGCUACAAAAAGCUCCACUAACACUUGCGAUGUGAAAUAGUCAUAAGACAUAGCUGAAUCAUUGUCUUUCAGGAAUAAGAUUGUUAUGUUUGAUUAAAAUGAGAUUGCGAUCUUUAAACAAUUAACUGUGCAACUCUAAUGUAAACUGCAAAAUGUUCUGGGAGGAUAUGAGGUUCUCGCGAAAAUCGCUGGAUCUUGCGGGACACCUCAGAUUUUGAGAUCUCGUACCAUGAGAUAUUGUCAAAUCCCUAAUAUAUACAUAUACAUAUAAUGAAAAGAAAGUAAGAAGAUAGAAUAGAAAAAUAAAAGUUUUAAAAUGUGAAUAGAGAGUGCAAGUUUUACAGGGUGAAGUAUGUGUGUGUGUUUGUAUUAUUAUUAUUAGUAGUAGUAGUAUUAGUAUCAUUUAAGACUAAUGGGAAAAUAAAAGUUGGAGGUGUGGCCCCGAGUGGCCAUCAGGACAAUUGUAAGUUAGGCUGCUCAUAAAUUGGGCCAGCGGGUACCACUUAAACUCAAAAGCAUUUUCAAACAUGACACAAAAUACUGUUGUCUAGUUUAUUUUCAAUUAACAGAUACAGAAAGCAGCAAAUUGGCUUUUUUGUUAGCGGUAAAGAAAUAUUGAAAAUAAUGAUAAUAACAACAACAAUAAUAAUUUAACAUAUGUUUACUGUGACUUAUAAUAAUUAUUUAUAAUUAAAAAUAACUGCAGGCACUGCAAUGCAAUCUCAAUGAGUUCCGGGAGGGCUCGCACUAACAUGCUUUCGUCAAUGUGCAUAACUUGUGCAACGACUGGUGGGAAUGGUGACAUCCAAUAAUAUUUAAAAACUAUUUGGAAUUUAAAAAAUAAGAAAAAAUGAAAAACUACAAAAUGAGAAACUACUUUAAUAUCUUUAUAAAAAAAAACAAAAAAACAGUUCUUUCAGUGUAGAUUAAUUCUAUCGUGUCAUUGAAAGAAAUACCAUUGAUUCAUCGUAGCUAUUAGGAUUAAUUGGCAAUUAAAGAAUUAAGACCACCAAAACCAAAUUUAAACAUCAAACAAGUAUCCACAAAGGGCGCAAAGUCAUAUAAACAAGAAUUUUCUAGGAGUGGUAUGAGUGGAGAAAAAGGCUUGCAGGCUGUGAAAUAGCUGACGGUUUAUUCUGCUCAUUUACCGCUGCAUUUUGUGCCAUCGCGAGAGUGUGACAGACAUUGCAUGGACAACUACAGGUGUCACCGACAUGCAUCAUCUCUCGGAGAAGGUGAAAGAUGCAUAUGGAUAGUAGGGGAGCAGUGUCAUAUAAGUGAGAAAUGUGAUAUAAAUGAGCAGUGCAAUACAAAUGAGCAAUGUAAUAUAAAUGAGUUGUGUAAACAGUGAUUUAUGUGACUUCAAUUAUUUAUUAUUAAACUGAAAUUGAAGUAAAAACAAUUUUUUUGGGAAAAACCACAUCCUGCCGUUAGUUUUCAUUUGCUGCCGAAUUGUGUUAACAUGCAUAUAGAAACAUAAGGAGAACAAGAGAUUGAUUCCUAAUGUCAGUUUAUUUUUAAUUAAUACUAUAGUAGCUCAGGGCCUGGUUCCCCGAUAACGCUCACUCUUAGACUCUAAAAAUAUAUCUU